GGUCAGCAGGGAACUGACUACAAAGGGACUAACUGAGAAAGGUUCUUGUCCACUUGUGUCUGUACAUUUCCCUUGAAGCAUGGCAUAGAAUACUUCCUAGCCAUGAGUUCCAUUACAGCUAAACAUGCUCUAUGUCCUUGUAGCAUAGCAGCUGCAAUCGCUUUCUGACUCAUUAUUGCUGGACAUCUUCAAGGAAAGAGCCAAAGGCAAAGUACCAAAAUCGCUCUAUGCACAUUCUUGUUUGCACUUUACAACGCGAAAUUCAGAGGUGCUCUUACAUCCAUCCAAAAAAAGUUUAGCAUAGCUUCCAGGAAAUUCCACAACCAGAACAUACGAGCUGUUACACCACCCGAUCAAGGUUGCCUUAGUGGCAUGGCAAUUGGCAAAUUGCCUUCUAUGUAAACAACACUUUCACUUGCCUACUCUGGUGAGCUGGUCAUGGUUGCCGUUAGAAAGAUGACAAUUGGCAAAUGGUGGGACAAAAAUUUACCACGCAUUCAAACUGUUCUUUUUCUAAGCUCGAUCUGCACGCCCGCAUGCAUAGCAUUAAGUUCUGAAAGGUAUCUUUUUUUCCAAAGGAAAAUAUGGAAGGCAUCUCAAACCGCAUUGUCCAUGUCUGCUUGUCCACUAACUUUGACCGGGCUGUAUAUAUACUUCCAUUGCUCACUUGUACUUAUAGUUGCCUGCUGAAUCAAGGCACAUACAUCAAAGAUAUAGAGGCACACUGCCAUCUAUCUAACUCCAAUGCCUGUCCGGCUGCAUACUUUUCUUAGUUCGGCAAGGCAUAUCAGCAAUUCAUCUGUGUUCAUUUUUCAGUUCAUUGCUUUCCAUCUUAGCCCACUUUUGAUUCACUUGUCCUAUUUUGUUGUCAUUGAUGUACUUGGCUUUGCUGCCUUGAUGGCCCUGAAGCCAAGCAACCCUAACUACAGUCCUCGCUAUGUCGAUAUAUUUUUCCUUUCGACAUCUGCAGUCACAGUUACAGGAUUAGCUACCAUCAAAAUGGAGGAUCUUUCUACCUCUCAAGUAGUUAUCCUAACUCUCUUGAUGUUGUUAGGAAGUGAGAUGUUUGUUUCCCUGCUUGGCCAUAUUCAUGAGUUGAGCAAGCAAAACAAGCAUGACCCUGAAGAUAGUAGAGUUACAUCGGUUACCGUGCAAGAUGAGUCGCAGAUAGAAGAGGCAAUCCCGGCAACACCAUCAAUUAAUACCACUAGCCUCAAGAAGAGUUGCCGCAAAUACAUAGGAUUUGUGCUGUUGGCAUACAUGGUCUUGAUUCUUCUUGUAGGUUCUCUAUUGGUGUUCUUGUACGUAGCACAUGUUUCAACUGCAAGAGAUGUGCUAACAAGGAAAAGUAUCAAUACCAUGCUCUUCUCGAUAUCAGUCACCGUCUCUUCUUUCACCAACGGAGGGCUGAUUCCGACGAACGAGAGCAUGGCGGUUUUUUCCUCAAACCAGGGCCUCCUCCUGCUACUCACUGGCCAGAUUCUUGCAGGCAACACCCUGCUUCCUGUGUUUCUGAGGCUGAUGAUAUGGGCACUGAGAGGACUAAGAAUAACCAGAGCUAAACCUGAAGAGUUGGAGUUCAUGAUGAACAACACAAAGGCCUUGGGUUCUAACCACUUGCUGCCUAACAAGCAGACAGUAUUCCUUGCAGCAUCGGUCGCUGCUCUCAUAGCCGUGGCCGUCACGUUUUUCUGCUGCUUGAACUGGGAAUCCGCAGUGUUUGCGGGGCUGACCCCCAAUCAGAAGAUCACCAACGCAUUGUUCAUGGCGGUGAACACAAGGCAGGCAGGGGAGAAUUCCAUUGACUGCUCCCUCGUCGCUCCUGCGGUUUUAAUACUAUUCAUCGCCAUGAUGUGCAUCCCGGCCUCGACAUCAUUUCUCUCACUGCAUGAAGGUGCCGAGAGGGGCAUCACAGAACACAAGGAUGGGGCAAACAAGAGAAGAAUGUCGCUGAAUAAAAUGCUGUUUUCACCACUAGCCUGCACCGCAGUGCUGAUAAUGCUGGCCUGCAUCACCGAGAGGAGAUCGCUCUCCGCCGACCCCCUCAAUUUCUCCACAUUCAACAUGAUCUUCGAGGUCAUAAGCGCGUACAGGAACGUAGGACUGUCCACCGGUUACAGCUGCGCGAGGCUGCCGCACGCGGAGAAGCAGAGCGUCUGCCAGGACAUGCCCUACAGCUUCUCCGGGUGGUGGAGCGACCAGGGGAAGGUGGUUCUUGUCCUGGUGAUGCUCUACGGGAGGCUCAAAUGCUUCCACAGGCAGAGGAGCUAGUCCGUUGCGCCAACGCCAUCGGAUUGCCCGGCCAUUUUUCCUCGUUGUGCUCUUCAAUCCUGGUGUAAAUUCGCAAGAAAUUGGUCCUGAAUAAUGCUUCUGUAUGUGCAAUUAUGUAUGCUUCUGUAGUCUGUACACAAAAUACAAAAGCCACAAAUACAGGCGCUUACAGUUACAGGGUGGUGGAGGUUACCGAGCGGCGGGCUACCUCCGAGCUCGAGGCCGUGUAACAUCGCUGCCGGUGCCCCGCAACACGCCGGAGCUCUCCCUUCGCCUCCCGCAGCGGGCAUGCUCCCAGCGAACGGCUCGAGGUGGCUCCCGUCGCCGGCCACGGCUGAGAAUGCCACCGGGGCUUGUCGCCGCAGCCCACGUGGUCCUCGGAGUCGGCGCCGUCUUCAGCGGCUGGGGGCGGAGGCUGGUGUGCCGGCCGGAUCAGGACCAUCGGCGUUGACUCCGGCGGCCAUCUCUGCUGCGGCGGCCGUGUGUCCGGUUUGGGCCGCGACGGGCUUUCGAGAUUUUAAUUUGGGCUUUGAGUUUGGAGAAGCUUAGCCCGUUCGAAUUGUUGUUGGACGAAAUCGCAGAAAAUCGAAGCGCGUUCCCAA